AUGCCUCCUCACAAUAAUGCAGUCGUGAAUAUGAUGGAAGUUGAUAAUGGAAGGAGAUUGAUGUUCUGUGUGGAUGAGCUAAAAACACCACUCAUCGAGAUCAAGAAUGCUUUAAUGAAGGAUAAUGCCUUUCCCAUAUGUAGUAAUAACUGUGAACACUGUCUGAUUAACCCGCAACAAUGUAGAAUGUUGAAGUCUGUCAUACAACAAUUAAUGGACCAAGGGAUCUUAGUGGUAGACUGCUCGUCCAUAAAAGAAGAUGUGUCUACCCUCGAGAUACCAUACGACAAAGUCCAUCCUCCGCAAAUUCCAUAUAACUUCUCUCAGUUAACCCUGUCAACAAAUCCCGUUACUCCGAUCAUAAUAACAGUUCCCACACCAUUCCCAUAUGAUGACACUAAGGCAGUCCCAUGGGUGUAUGAAACUUCAAUCUACAUUCAUGGACAGAAGAUUCAAGAAGAAUCGAUGAAGUCUAGUGAUCCAAUGAUCAAUAUCACCGCCACUGGCAAAAUUAUGAGAAGUGGAAGGAUAUUUGCGCCGGCAUCCACUCCAAUUGGAACUACCCAUCCUUCAAUUUCAGACAAAGGCAAACCAAUUGAUGGCGCUCAGCAAAGACAAGACCCUACACCUUUCGAUGAAGUAGACGAGUUCUUACGCAUUAUCAAGAAGAGUAAUUAUCGAGUAGUCGAUCAGCUUAACCAGACACCCUCGAAGAUCUCAAUGUUGUCUUUAUUAAUUGAUGAAGAGCUUCUCGCCGAGGGGAGGAAUCAUAACAAAGCUCUCCAUAUUUCUAUUGAGUGUGUGGACACAGUCCUAUCAAGAGUUUUGGUAGACAAUGGGUCUUCCCUCAAUGUAAUGCCUAAGAGCUCAUUUGCUAAGCUAACUGUUGAAGGACUCGUAAUGAGGCCUAGUGAGCUUAUAAUAAGAGCAUUUGAUGGGACUAGGAGGACUGUAAUCGGUGAGGUGAAUUUGCCUAUGAAGAUUGGUCCCCACACUUUCCUUAUCACUUUCUUCGUAAUGGAUAUCUAUCCAACCUACAAUUGUCUACUUGGAAGGCCUUGGAUUCAUUCAGCUGGUGCAGUCACUUCAACGCUCCACAAAAAAUUGAAAUUCUUAGCUGAUGAUAAACUAGUUGUUGUCGAGGCAAGGGAUGAUGCAAAAGAUGUUGAAUCUCCAACGACAUCUCUUAAGGACACCUUGACAAUCAUAAAGGAUGGACACCUCCAAGGAUGGGGAGGAUUACUUGAACUUCCCGUCAACAAGGACCGUACCAGUUUAGGAUACAACUCCCAGAAUUUGAAGAAACCCGUGCCAAUAGCUACAAAGGGAUCAGUGAUGCCGCUAUCCGAAAACUUCUCAAGCGCUGGUUACCUUGAUGACAACCGUGUUUGUGCCGUGGAAGAAGACAAAGAAGAAGAUGUUGAAUUGAUCUUCACAAAGACUGAUGGAAAGGGUGCCACCAAAUGGACCGAGAUUGAAAUACCUAAAGUGACACUGAUUAAAAUUUAA